GGACGGUUCAUUGCUUUUUAUUUCUUUGCAAGAAUUUUAAAAAAAUAUUCAUAUAUAAAUUCAAAACAGUUUUAAAAUGAAACAGUUUGUGAUUUUAUUUACUUUGUUAGCAGGAUUUUUCCAAAACUCAAUUUAUGCUUUGCAAUUUACGGAUUGUGGUUCCAAAACAGGAAAAUUUACAAAAGUUGUUGUUUCCGAUUGUGAUACUACCAAAAAUGAAUGCAUUUUAAAACGUAAUUCAUCAGUCUCCAUAACUAUUGAUUUCUCUUUGGCUGAAGAUGUUACAUCGAUUAAAACAGUUGUCCAUGGCAAAGUGAUGGGUGUAGAAAUGCCAUUCCAUUUACAAAAUCCCGAUGCUUGUGUUGACAGUGGUCUUAAAUGUCCUUUGGAAAAGGAUGAAACAUAUGAAUAUACCGCCACAUUGCCGGUCUUGAAAGCAUAUCCCAAAGUAAAUGUUAUGGUUAAAUGGGAAUUGAAGGAUCAAAAUGGUGAAGAUAUUGUUUGUGUUGAAAUACCUGCUAAAAUUAAUUAAUAUUACGCACUACUACUUCUACUACAUACUACUAAAAUCACUCAGUAUUUAAAAUUUUCGAAUGUACUAUAUUUAAAUCACUAGAUCAUUUAAGUUUUGUAAUUUAAUAAAUUUAGUGGGAUUUUGUUGAACAAAAUAAAA